AUGAUCUUCGCAGCCCGCCAACUUCAGGAGAAGUGCCAGGAGAUGCGGACCCACCUGUACUCUACCUUCGUGGACCUGACGAAAGCCUUCGACACGGUGAAUCGUGAAGGACUGUGGAAGAUCAUGCAGAAAUUCGGCUGUCUGGAGCGAUUCACUCAGAUGGUGCGUCAGCUGCACGACGGUAUGAUGGCGCGAGUCACGGACAACGGAGCUGUCUCAGAGGCAUUCGCAGUGACCAGUGGAGUGAAGCAAGGCUGCGUACUGGCGCCUACCCUCUUCAGUCUUAUGUUCUCUGCCAUGCUGAUGGACGCCUACCGUGACGAACGCCCCGGGAUCCUCAUCGGCUACAGAACGGACGGUCAUCUCCUGAAUCAACGGCGCAUGAACUUCCAAUCGCGCGUAUCCACAACCUUCGUCCACGAACUCCUCUUCGCCGACGACUGCACCCUGAAUACCACCUUGGAAGAGGAGAUGCAACGCAGCAUGGACCUGUUCGCCACCGCCUGCGAGAACUACGGUCGGGUCAUCAACACGCAGAAGACGGUGGUGAUGCACCAACCGCCACCCAACUCAGCCAAAGCCUCCAACGCGCCGCCACAAAUCAGCGUGAAUUGGACCCAACUGCAAGUGGUGGAGAACUUCCCAUACCUGGGCAGUACUCGCUCCCGAAACACCAAGAUCGAUGACGAAGUCGCUAACAGGAUCUCGAAAGCCAGUCAAGCUUUCGGUCGCCUCAAAGCACAGUUUGGAAUCGCCACGGUCUUCAAGUGA